UUUUCAGAGUGGGGCUUCUCUCCGUCCUUCUUCUCUUGCUCUCUUCACUCUCUGUCGGUUCUCUCUGUGUCUGCUCCCUGUGCUCCAUCUGUCAGCUGCUGCUCUGCGAUCUUUUUCUGACCGUUGAAUAAACCUUCAAGACUGACGAAAUGGCCAGCAGAGGAACUGUGAAAGCCAGCGGAAACUUCAAAGCCAGUGAGGAUGCUGAGGUCCUGCACAAGGCCAUGAAAGGGCUGGGGACUGAUGAGGAUUCCAUCUUGCAGCUGUUGACGGCUCGCAGCAACGCCCAGAGGCAGGAGAUCAAGGCCACCUACAAAACUCUGUUUGGAAAGGAUCUGGUCAGCGACCUGAAGGGAGAGCUCGGGGGCAAAUUCGAGACCCUGAUUGUGGGUCUGAUGACCCCACCCAUUGCUUAUGAUGUGACAUCACUUCGCAAUGCCAUCAAGGGGGCAGGAACAGAUGAGAAGGUGCUGGUGGAGAUUCUUUCCUCCAGAACAUGUCAGCAGGUGAAGGACAUCAUCGCUGGUUACAGACAGGAAUAUGACGACAACCUGGAGGAGGAUGUAUGUGGUGACACUUCAGGUCACUUCAAGAGACUUCUGGUUAUUCUGCUGCAGGCAAACAGGCAGAGAGGGAUCCAGGGGGGAGAGAUUGAGAAUGAUGCUCAGGCCCUCUUCAAGGCAGGAGAGCAGCAUUUUGGCACUGAUGAACAAGCGUUCGUCACCAUCCUGGGCAACCGGAGCGCUGAACAUCUUAGGAAAGUGUUUGAUGCUUACAUGAAGCUGUCUGGAUUCGAGAUGGAGGAGAGCAUCCAGAGGGAAACAUCUGGAUGCCUGAGAGACCUGCUUCUCGCCGUGGUGAAAUGUGCCAGGAGCGUUCCAGGCUAUUUUGCUGAGACCCUGUACUACUCCAUGAAGGGUGCAGGUACUGAUGACAACACCCUGAUCAGAGUGAUGGUGACUCGUAGCGAGGUGGACAUGUUGGACAUCAGAGCUGAGUUCAGGAGGAAGUUUGCUUGCUCUCUGCAUUCAAUGAUCAGGGGAGAUACUGGCGGUGACUACCGUAAGGCCCUACUGUUGCUCUGUGGUGGAGAUGACGCGUAACCAUGGCAACAAGCAAUAACAGGAACCACACCUGAAGUGCCUCUCCUCUAAGUGGGCCCUCUGGGCCGUCAGCUCACAGAGACAACAAGUUAAUACAGAGUCAAAGAACUUUCUUGUGUGUGAGACACACACCAUCAGGUCUUUUAAACUAUGAUUCCAAAUUUUGUCUUUGAAAGGUAGCUAACAAUUUUUUCAUGUACACAUUAAUGAAGCUUUUGGUCGACUAAUAUCGUCAUUAUAAAUAAUGUUUUAUCAUUUCUAAUUCCAAAUCAUCUGACUACAUUCAUUUUUGUUUGCACUUUGUAUGGCAGAACCAAUAUGCAAUAAUAAAUGUUUCAUUUGAUAUAG